GCUACAUUGUCCGCCAUCUUUCAUUCGCUUCCUGUUUCCGCGAGACCAAGAGGCUCUACGUGUGACACAAUGACAAGCAAGAGACGAAACGGGGGCCGCUCCAAGCACGGCCGGGGUCAUGUUAACCCCGUCCGCUGCACCAACUGCGCUCGCUGCGUUCCUAAGGACAAGGCCAUCAAGAAGUUCGUGAUCAGGAACAUCGUCGAGGCUGCCGCUGUGAGGGACAUCAACGAGGCUUCUUGCUACCCAUCUUAUCAGCUGCCGAAGCUUUAUGCAAAGUUGCACUACUGUGUCUCCUGCGCAAUCCAUUCCAAGGUCGUGCGCAACAGGUCCAAGGAGGAGAGGAGGAACCGACUUCCCCCUGUCAGGAACUUCCCCAGGGAUAACCAGAGGCAACAGCAGCAGAGGAAGUAAAUUCACGUCUUUUUUUUAAUUGUAUAACAUACUGUGAAAAUACAGGAAAAAAAGCUGAAAAUCUA